AGCCCGUAUAGCGAUCGCUCGUGCUUUUCGCUCGAGUCUCGAGUUGCGCUCACGCACUUCUUCCAACAACCAGUGUUAGUACGACGUUAGCCGCGAUUAAACUUUACAACCGACAAAGCCGUGAACUGUGAACAAAUAUUGUGAUAUAUGUGAUUGUGCUUAUAAAUACUUGAAGAUUCGAAAAAAGCUGUUUGAAAAAACCUAGAUACGAAGGAAUCAUUAAAACAUAUUUUGAACGAUCAGUAAGGCAGCAUAAUAAGAUCAUAACAUAGUUCACAAGCUGUGGCAAAAUGAGAUUGAAUGGAAUAUUGAGCGAAUCGUAAUACCAAACACAAAUUAAUGAGCGAUAGUUAAUUAAUGCCACAGUUAAUUUCAAUAUAACCAUGGAUUCAAGGAUAUUAUUGUUAUUGGUGGCAACCACUACAUUGCUAUGUGGCCAUACUUCAGCCGACCCAGGGAACUUUUUAACUCAAACAGUUUAUGGUUUUCUUGACUUUACGACAACGAUAGGAAAUACGGUUAUGGUAUUUUCCCCCCAGUCUGCUCCACCACCAGAACCACCGAGCACAGAAAAAUCGGUGCAAGAAAAUAUUAUAGAAACAAAACCACCUACAACUAGUAAUAUUAAACCUGAAGCUAUUAAGCCAAGCAAAACUGCAAACAAUAAUAAAAGCAAUAAACCCGCAGCUUCCAGUGCUAUAUCUGUAGUAACUUCAGUACCUAAAGUUGAUGAUAAGAUAUCUAACAGUCCUAAAUCUGUAGUAAAGGAAGAAAAACAGAUUAUAACGAAGGUUGAAGUAGUGGCAGGGCCAUCAAAAAUAAUUGAAAAUAACAUUGUUAAGCAAUCUGUGUCAAAAACAAAUAAACAGAGUUCACAAGGAAAUAAAAAGCCUAAAAAUACAGUAAAAGUAAGUUCUAAUAUCGCUAGUAGCAAGGUUGAAGUUAAACAAACUGGAGCGACUUUAUCUAUCAAUGGCAAUGCGAAAGUUAAAAAAGCAGUUAAUACUAUAUCUCAAGAGGGAGAAGAUGAACCCGCAAUUUUAGUUAACAAUAAUCUUGGAGAGCCAGAAUAUGACUACUUAUCUCGGCAACCAUCGGAAUUUGUAGAAGAAACUUACAGAGUAAUCAACUUACGACCAUCAAAAGCUCACGCUCAAAAGCCAAAAAGUCAUAAAAAUAGACCACAACAGCCAACUCCAUCCCCUGAAGAUGAGGACCACCCAUUGGGUCUUGUAACAACACUUGGAGGAACAAUUGUGAAAGAUGGUCUGACAACUGUACAUGAAACUAGUGUUAUUGGAACUUAUAUAUCUGGCAAAUACGCUCAAGUAUUAAAUAGUAAUUCAAAAGUACUUAGUCCUGGCCACAAAGGAAAAAUAUCUCCUAGCCCAACUCAUAGAAUUCUAAAAACUACAGCACCAACUAUUUCAAAAAAUCAUAGGCAUAACUUAGAACCAACGCCAUCUCUUAGUGACGAAGAAUCUUUUAGUAAAACACCAAGAAGGCAAACAACAAGCGGACCUUCCUUUAAAAACAGACACAGGUCACAAAAUAAUGAAAACGACAGCAGCGAACCCGUAAAUCAUUCCAAAAAGUUCAAAAAUAGGAACUCAUCUAAUGGUCAACGUACGCUUAGUACACGCUUUGGGCGACCUACAAACACUCCUCAACUGGCAACCGUCUCUGUUUUCAGUGAAUCAUCAGCUCCAUCAUUUGCAAAUAGAAAAAAAGGAAAUCGUAAUUCUGGUCAUAAAUCUACCGUAACACCUUCGAGUAACAAUGACAGUCAAUCGCGACGUGGGUUUAAGCCUCGUAUUCAACCAACAGCGGUUGAACAAGUAUCUACUUCAUCAUCUACAAGUGUAUAUAAGUUUAAACUCAAUCGGUCUCCAGGAUCGGGUCGAUGGCAAUACAAGACGAGUCCAAAACCUAAAGUCACCAUUAGAAAAAUGAAUGGUGAUGAAGAACAAACAACACCCAACUCGAACCCUUUGUUUGAUGACCUUCAAUCUAAUGAUGUUAGUCCACAAGCUAGACAAGAUAAUGACCUCGAAUUAUCUGGAUCUCAAAGUGGUCCUGGAACUGUAUUAGAAAAUGAUUCUGAUGAUAACUCUAUAGAAAAACCACCUCCAGUUGAAACACUUAAAGUGGAAAUAUCCACACCUGCAGACUUCAGAGAUGUUUAUUAUGAAAUUGCUACACUGAAGUCUCCCUAUACAUUCCAGGUUGGACGAGUUAAAAAUACAAGGAUUAUUACCGUUACAACAACUAUCGAGAAGCGAAUAGAGCCUACGCAGAUCUACAAUCAUCAAAAUAACCUUAAUGAGCCUUUAACAGAAAAUAUUUUAGCCACAGCAUCUCCUUAUGGGAAAGAUCAUUAUCUCUUAGAUUCUAGUAUAGCUACUCUGCCAGCUAUUACCUUAUCUUCAGAUGUAGAGACGCCUCCCUUAGAAACUGUGACAGAAACCUUCAGUACUACGCAAAAUAUGCUUAAAACACAUAUAUUGCCCAUCGUUAGAGAACCAAAUAUUACUAGCAGUCUCACCUUUAUACAGACUUAUCAAGUAACUCGUUUCGUAACUGCUACUAAAACAUUACCACCAAUGGAUUUCUUCCAGUUUAUUCCCAGUAAAACCCUUAAAGAAUUUAACAGCCGCCUGGACGAAGCUGGUUCAGAAUUACAUUUGGAGCUAGACUUUGGUGAUAGUAAUGAAGACGAGGAUGGCCUAACACGUCGUGUUUUCCCCUCUGAUUUAGAUGUUGCUAACAUAGGAUCUGAUUUUGAUUUAACUGAUAUUGAUAAAUAUAGAGAUAAUCAUUUAAGGUUAAAGAAAGCUCAUGGGCAGAACAAAAACAAUCAAGUUACUGAAGCUCCUCCUCCAGUGACACCAGCUCUAUCACCAGAACAGGCUCAACAACUAGCAUUAUUGCGUUUACUAAAUCCAGCAGCUGCUGCUCAAAUACCCAGUGUUAUUACUACGUCUAAACCUAUCCUUAAAUAUGAAACCAUAUACGAAUCUCACGUUAUACCACUAUUUGAUGGAAAGAGUACAAUUCAUAGUACGAUUUCAAGACCGGUAGCCACAGUGACUAAAACUGAGUUUGAAGUUGGAACAAGCAGUCUCCCAGCUCUCCCAGUCAAUCCGUUAUUCCCACAACAACAGUUUACGGUGACAUCAACCCCAGUUGUAGUAAAUACAGAAGUUACGGCUACCAACAGCCAAGUUUUGAAACUUACUUUUGGAGCUAAAACUGUGUACACAACAUUAUUUUCUACUGCAGUAGUCCCGACAGUAGUUACUUCUUAUGUCACCUCAUCGGUUCCUGUACAACCCAGUGCCGGUUUCCCUGGCUACUUUCCCGCACCAUACCCACCCUUCCCCUACGUAGGAUAAACUUUUAAUGAAAUUAUUGAUCAGUGUACUCUAUUCAAGAAUCUGUAAGAGAUUUAAAAAUUAUCUUUGAGAUUUGUAUUUUACAAAAUUACUCUAAAUCUUAUAAGUUUAUAAAGUGUAGGAAUACUUGGACUGCUUUAGCACUUUUUUUUUACUUUUAGGCAAUUUUUAUAAGUAAUAAGUGUUAAAAGUGAAGUGAUGAUUAAAUAAGUACCUUUUUAGUUCUUAGUAAUAUUGUAAAUAGAUGAUGUAGAUUUAGAAACUUAUAAUGACGAAUAUGUUAUUUUUGUAAAUAUCUUAUUUAUAAAUUGUAUUAGUUUUGUAUAUAUACAUAAUUAAGUAAUUAAUAUCUUACUAAGUAUAUUAAGUUUUAUACUUGUAUAAAAUUCUAAUUAGAAUUAAUAAAAUUCUGAAGAAUUA